AUGGCAUUGUCACCUUCUGCAUCUGGUUCGUCCAUGGCCGGACGGGAGUUGUGGAGCUGGUGGGGUCAACAUUCACCCAUGGACGUAACGGCACAAUCAGGACACCCUUGUCGGCUCGAGGCAAGAGGGUGUGCAUGCGGACACUGGGGGGUGGUAAAUAAGCGCAGAAAAAAGCACAGCGGUCAUGGUGGUUCAGCGUCGGGUGGCGGGCUCUGGUGGACGAGUGGAAGGGGAAGAGAGAGGAGGGGCUCGCAGACGGCCGACUGCCGUACAGUAUGCUCGCUUGAUUGCGAUACGUGCAGUGUCGCGAACAACAGCACAGCUGCAAGCAUCAUUGCACAACCGCCAGACAGCUGCACACCCAGCGGGAUUCGGGCGGCAGGAUGUAGGGCUGCAGCCGGGGCUAAGAGGAGAUGA